ACCGUGUCGUCAUAUCCGGUGUAUGUUCAGAACGUUAGAGAAAUACCUUCGCGUGCCUUCUACUUAGGAAUUUGCGGAUGUCAUUGCCCACAUCGACAACUACAGGGUUUUGAGGAUUUGUUGACAAGAAGGACCCUUCUCAUACCCAUAAUAAUAAUUAUAAUCUUUAGGAGUUUAUGGUCUAGAGGUCCCCUUACUAACAACAGUUUUUGAACUUGUUGAAGCUGAAGACAUCGCCAUAACCAUGCUGUGUUGGGGAAAUGCCUCCUAUGGCCAGCUUGGAUUGGGUGGAAUUGAUGAAGAGAUCAUAGUAGAGCCCCGCAAAUGUGAAUUCUUUAACGGGAAGGUGGUGCGAGGUGUAGGCUGUGGGAGAAGACACACUGUUUUUCUGCUUGGAGAUGGGACUGUGUAUACAUGCGGCUGCAAUGACCUGGGACAGCUGGGGCAUGACAAGGCACGCAAAAAACCAGAGCAGGUAAUGGCACUCGAUGCUCAGAACAUUGUAGCGGUAUCUUGUGGUGAGGCCCACACUCUUGCUCUAAAUGACAAAGGACAAGUGUUUGCAUGGGGAUGGGCUUCUGAUGGACAGCUUGGCCUUGCCAACAUAGAAGAAUGUAUGCGUGUGCCCAGAACAAUCAAGAGUUUGUCAGAGAUCCAUGUUGUCCAGGUCUCCUGUGGUUAUAGACAUUCCCUUGCACUUUCUAGGAGGGGACAGAUUUUUUCCUGGGGGCAGAAUAGGUAUGGGCAGUUAGGACUGGGGAAAGAGGGACCUUGCGUCUUGAUGCCACAAGUCAUCCAGUCUUUACAGGGCAUCCCAUUUGCCCAGAUCUCAGCAGGAGGUGCUCACAGCUUCGCACUCACCAUGUCUGGGGCUGUAUUUGGUUGGGGGCGAAACAAGUUUGGCCAGUUGGGCCUAAAUGAUAACAAAGAUCGAUGUUUUCCAUCCUUGCUGAAGACACUCAGGUCCCAAAGGGUCGUUUAUAUCUGCUGUGGAGAGGAUCACACUGCUGCGUUAACAAAGGAGGGAGGUGUGUUCACAUUUGGAGCAGGUGGAUAUGGUCAGCUGGGACACAACACCAUAAACCACGAAGUUAACCCGCGAAAGGUUUUUGAACUCAUGGGGAAUGUUGUUACACAAGUAGCUUGUGGUAGGCAGCAUACCCUAGCAUUCAUUCCAUCCUCUGGCAAGAUUGAUUCUUUUGGUCUUGGAGGAAAUGGACAACUUGGCACACGUUACACCUGCAACAGGAUAAGUCCUGCUCCUGUAAAAGGCCAGUGGAGAGCUCACAGUGACCCCAUACCAAUAGAUUCUGAGGCUGAGUUCUACUGUGUGAAGAGGAUUUAUGCUGGUGGAGACCAGAGCUUUGCUCAUUGCCACUGUCCUCAGAAUGGCUCUCCCCCAGAUGAUCUGCGAAUACAACAUUGUAAUCAGCAUGUCUUAAGCUUGAAUGGUGACCUCAUACAGAAAUGGCUGAGCCACGGUCAUGGAAGACUCUCACCAGAAAUUACAGUUGAGAUUGAUGAUGUAUUCUCCUCACCAAGUUGUCUAAAUGGGAGUUUUCUUUCUACAAGUCAUCCAGAUCAUUAUCACACUAGCAGUAAAUGUCCUGGGGUGGACAUGAACAUGGCUCGCCUCCUCUUCCACAGACUCAUCCAGCCUGAUUAUCCACAUAUCACACAGCAAAUCGCUGCCAGUUUGGAGAGGCAUUUGAUUCCCAACCUGUGCAGCUCUCCUCCCGAUAUUGAGGCACUGAGGCUCUACCUCAUACUUCCAGAGUGUCCUCUGUUUAAAAACCCCAACACUUACAUCACACUCACCAUUCCCUUUGCCAAGGCAGUCAUCCGCCUCAGCAAUGCUCCCCUCAAAGUGCUUGGAAAUUGGUGGUCUUGCCUUGAUCCAACAGUGUUUCAUGGACUUGUGGAAUUGUAUAUAGAGGUGAUUGUGUAUCUGCUCCGGAUGCAGAAGAUGGGAAUUUCGCCAUCUGAACACAGGACAUUUACCUGCUUCCUCAGUACCUGUUUGAAAUUUCUGGAGAUUCUGCACUCCGUGUGUCAGGUGUUUUUGAUGGCGACCUGGGAGAUUUGGUCCCUUAUGUAAAACACUCUGUGAAAAUUUGGGUGUUAUUUUUGAUUCUGCCCUUAAAUUGGACAAACAGAUAAAUACUGUAGUUAAAUCUAGCUUUUUCCAGUUAAAAUUACUGUCUAAGGCUAAGAGUUUUUUAACAUUUGCAGAGUUUGAGAGAGUGAUUCAUGCAUUCAUUUCAUCUAGACUUGACUGUUGUAAUUCUCUUUAUAUUGGAAUGAGUCAAUCCAAUAUUAGUCGUCUUCAGAUGGUUAAAAAUGCAGCCGCCAGGCUUUUGACUGGCACUCGGAAAUUUGAUCAUAUUUUCCCAUAUUUAUCUGCACUGGCUGCCGAUUCGUUUUAGAAUUGAAUUUAAAAUUUAGCUUUUUGUUUUUAAAGCUCUGAAUGGAUUAGCUCCAAAAUACCUUUCUGACCUUUUGAAUUUAAAUAACUCUGCUAGAUCACUAAGGUCAUCACAGCAAAGAUUGUUGGUGGUUCCGAAGUCUAGACUUAUGUCGAGGGGCGACCAAGCUUUUUCUGUCUUUGGUCCAAAAUUGUGGAAUAGUCUCCCUUUAUCCCUAAGACUAAUUUCUGCAGAGUCUGAAUUUAAAUCUAAGUUAAAAACUUACCUUUUCUCUCAGGCCUACAACUGUCUUUGAUGUCUUUUCUGAUUGGUAUUUUUGAUGUAAAUUCCCUUUAUCAUUGCUUUGUGGUCUUUUUAUUCUCUUUUAUUCUCUUUUUGUUUCCUUUUUAGAUAUUUAUCUUUUGUCUUUUAUGUACAGCACAAUGGUCAACUAUUGUUGUGUUUAUUUGUGCUAUAUAAAUAAAAUUUGAUUUGAUUUGAAACCUUCUUGCAGAAACUUAGGGUGAGAUUGUUCAGUCAGCUACAACAUUUGGUCAGAAUACAUCACCAUUGUGAGAUGUGACUUUGCUUCCUGUUUGGCAGCUUUCCCGUCAAAUUCAUUUGUGUGUUAUGGAUGAACUGUCCCAUACCUUUUUUCAGGAUAGUCUCAUGAUGCUGUGAUGCAAAUUUGGUGGUGAUUGGACAGAUUUUGUAGGAGAAGAGGCAAAAAAAACUGUUUUUGGGAAAAAAAGAAAAUCAAAAUAUCAGGGUGUCCAUUCCAACUCAAAACCUAAAGAAUCAGAGGAAAGUGAAAUUGCGUUCUAUGACACUGCGUUGCGGAGUAAUUAUUGUAACUGUAUGUCCAAUUUUGCCAUAUUAGUGGCGCUAGAGGGAUUGAGUAGUGUACACCAAAAUUGCUGUGAUGGUAGCUGAGACUGUCUAUGAAAAAAACUAUGCCAGAUUUCAUAAACAGUGUGCGAAGCUUUCUAUGGGCUGGCAUAGAGUCACAUAGGAAGUCGAAGAAGAAGAAUAACAAGAAAACGAACAAUCACUUAUGGGUGCAUAUGCACCUUCAGUGCUUGGCCUCCUAAUAAAUUUAAUAUUAGGCGCAUGUAAAUACUCACAGGUCAUAAUAAGAAUGAAUUCAUGCACAAUGAUCUACGAAGCUUUUGUUUUUAGAUAACUUUUUACAUGCAUCAUGAUCCUAACUAUGCAAAAGGGUAACUAUGCUAAGAACAUGUUAUUUGUCUGGGAUCGUGGCAUGUGAUCCAAACAUCACGGUCAAGAAUACUUUAAACUAUUGAUUAAGUGAAAGUCCACUGUGUGCACAUGCUCAGAUAGCACUGUGUGCACAUGCUCAGAUAGCUUUUGAGAAUGGCUUUGACAAAUGAAGAAAGUAUUGAAAUCAUUCUCAUGGCUGGAUCAGGAAGUUGUCGCGUUUGGACUUUAACAGGAAGGAUAGCAAGCACAUCACACAUGACACUGUUGCCAAACUUAUUAACAAAUUCAAAAAGACUGGAAGUGUUGCGGACCAACCAAGAAGUGGACAUACACAAACACCCACUGACGAAAGCACAACCAACGUGGUGCUGGCAUACAGUAGGUUGGCAACCAAAAUGCCUCUUACUGCCAUGGUGACCACCGCCGCCAUGGCACACACAAAUUUACACCUGAAUCUUGUUUGCAAAAUCAUCGCCAGGUGGCACAGAGGGACCUGCUGCUAGUAAAGAUUUUGUUUUUAUUAAUCCACAAUUAGAGCUGCAUGUCAAUGGAUGAGCAUCGGUGCGGGAGUGCAUUUGUUUGCAUUUUUUGUUCUGUCACUUCACCGGAUCGGAUAACGGGCAAGAAGCGCAGUACACGGGCUGUGUGCGUGUCUGCAUGAGAGAACAUUGCCGGCACUGAUGAUGACUCCAGCGACCACACCAAAACAUUAAAAACAUUUAGAAUGUUAUAAAUGAUGUUAAAAUUAUUAUUAUUAUUAUUAUUAUUAUUAUUAUUAUUAUUAUUAUUUUAAAAGACCUUAAAAAUACUUACAUGUUGGUUAAAAAUGCAGGCGCCUGUGGGCAACAGCAUUUCUUGGGGAGUGUAAGUACUUGUUGUCUUUGAUGUGCUUUUGGUCAUGACCAGUGUUGGUCAUGUGGGGGAACCUCUGGGAAACAGUCUUCAAGAUAAAGUGCCUUAGGUUCAUGGGCAAUGCAGAUUUGCCCCUCAAACCAUCCCAGUUGGUGGUUGAUGGCCACUAUUUGUACCACUGCUCUGGUAAAAUGGCAUGGAACAGCAAGCAACCAUAUUGAUCCGGCCUUCCCCGACUCUGCAUCAUUAAACGAUGUGGUGUUCAUGUUCAUUUCACCCAAAUGCUACAGGUAUUCUCAAAUUAGUAAAGUGGCAUGCACCACCCUUCACUGUAAUUAAACACUGAAAUUAAAUCUACAACCUUCAUUGCACAGUAACAUUCUGCUCACCAGGCUUUGCCGUAUGUCCACCCAGGUUGCUUUACACGUCUCCUCGUGGUGCUGCUUGAUACUCGCAAUUGCAGUCAGGAAUGAAGCUCAUUCUGAAUAUUUUUAGCAGACUGCACAUCAUCCUCAUUCAGUACAUCAUCAAGAGCUUGUACUGCUACGCUAUAAACAAACACACACAAAGUUGUAUACGAUAUAUCAUUGUAUACAUAUCAGCUGGAUCGAGAAAAGAAGCAUACCCGUACCUGUUCAUUUUCAGUACAGUUGGUUUUUUAGUUGCAGGAGUCUGAUGAUGACGACAGUGUUGUUUAAUUGUGCUGUUGAACAUGCACACAUUUUACUGCAACAAGAAACCCCUGAUGUCAGUCAGGAAGUGUCCGGCUCUCCACAUAGAUGUGGCUGAAUAUCUGGUAGACCCAGGCUCCAAGAGUAGGACUAUUAGUAGUUGCCAUUCUAAAGAGGCUGCACUGUCAUAUAUUAUGGUGCUAAAUGUUAUAAUUGUGCAAUUGAAAUGAUGAAUUGAUUUCAAAGAAGUGUAUAAUGUAUUACAAAACACACAAUUAUGCAGCUAUACACUAUGAGACAAUUCAAGAGAAACGGUAGGCUAUUGGCCAUUUGGUGUGUGCCAGAUUUACAUACAGAAUGAAAUACAGCAGUAAACUUCUGAGAGCCUUUAACUCAGUGUACUUACUUCUAUUUUUCACAUUCAUUAAAUUGAGUAGACUUUUAUUAUUCAUUAAAAAAAUUAUUAAUUAUUCAUUAAUAAAUCAUAGCAAUGUAGUCAUAAGUGGAUUUUGUAAUAUAAAGAUUGAAACAUGUCUCCAGCAUCAUUAAAUAUAAGGGUUAAAAUACUGUAUAGGCCUGCAAUGAAUUU